UUGCAAUAGAAGAAGAAACGGAAACAUUUACCCGGGUCAUCUUUUAGAUGCAUGUAGCGGUGUCUCAACAUACCGGCAAUGACAUGAUAUCUAGUCUGUACGGAAACAUUAUAACUUAACUAUAACUGCUGGACAAGUGAAGGAGACGUGAGACGCUGCUCGGCUCGGAGGAUGAAGGUGAAGAUCCGGCAGUGGAACGGGGUGGCCUCCUGGUUGUGGGUGGCCAACGAUGAAAACUGCGGGAUCUGCAGGAUGCCGUUCAACGGCUGCUGCCCGGACUGUAAAGUGCCUGGAGAUGACUGCCCGCUGGUCUGGGGUCAGUGCUCCCACUGUUUCCACAUGCACUGCAUCUUGAAAUGGCUGAACUCGCAGCAGGUGCAGCAGCAGUGCCCCAUGUGCAGACAGGAGUGGAAGUUCAAAGAAUGAGCGUGUGGAGGCAACGCUGCCGUCUGCCUGCAGACACUCACUGAGAAAGACGUCGCCUGCUCACGGACUCCAUUUUUAUAUCAGCUGUAAAUAACUGUUUUUUGUACUUCCCCAUCAGAUAUAAUCCAGAGGAUUUUUGGAACCUGUCCUGUGAAAGAUUUAGUAUGUACUUAAAUUAAACAAAACCCAACAUCACAAG